UGUACUUAUAUUUCAAGCUUACACUUGUGUUUGUAUGCUAAAAGCAACUGAACUUUUGAAUUAUAGAACGCGUUAUCAGACAGUUAGAGUUGUUGAUGAUCAUUCCGAAAGAUAAGAAUUUGAUUAGAUCUAAAUGAUUUGUAAGAAAGCGAUGAACUUACGUGUAAUAGUCAAGUACUCCUUGCUAUUAUUUUGCUGCCGCUUGCGCCUAGGGAGUACCAGGAAUAGAGAGAAAGAAGGCACAAACGUAUCAGCAAGACGCUUCAUUUUUGACAGCAACAACAAAUUUACAGGUUGGACAUCAUGGGAACAGUUUGCGGCAUGUUCUACACAAUGUGUAAGCGGGUAUGAAAAACAAACAAAGGAAUGUUGCGACACUGGGGACAAUAAACUUUGCUAUAAUCUACCAUGGAAUCAUCUUAAAAGCCUUGUUGGAACAUGUCCUAAUGACGGCAUGUGGUCAGAUUGGUCAAACUGGAGUAUAUGUAGCGUUACAUGUAGCACUGGCUCAAUGAUUAGAAAAAGAAAUUGUACAUACAAUCAGCCUGUAGCAAUGCCUGGUUUUCCCUGUCAGGGCAAGGCUAGUGAAUCAAAAGUUUGUCAAAUGACACUUUGUCCAGUCAAUGGACAUUGGUCAGACUGGAGUAACUUUACCGCGUGUACAGUGUCCUGUGCCGGAGGGACGAAGGUUCGAAUCCGAACCUGCCUGUUUAACGAAUCGGCACCUCAUGGAUCCCAGUGCUUCGGCAACAGAACAGAUACACAGGAUUGUAAUACUGUGCGUUGUCCAGUCAAUGGACAUUGGUCAGACUGGAGUAAAUUUACCGACUGUACAGUGUCUUGUGCCGGCGGGACGAAGGUUCGAAAUAGAACCUGCCUGUUUGACAAAACGGCACCUCAUGGAGCCCAAUGCUUCGGCAACACAACAGAUACACGGGAGUGCAAUACUGAGCAUUGCCCAGUCAAUGGACAUUGGUCAGACUGGAGUAAAUUUACCGACUGUACAGUGUCCUGUGCCGGCGGGACGAAGGUUCGAAAUAGAACCUGCCUGUUUGACAAAACGGCACCUCAUGGAGCCCAAUGCUUCGGCAACACAACAGAUACACGGGAGUGCAAUACUGAGCAUUGCCCAGUCAAUGGACAUUGGUCAGACUGGAGUAACUUUACCAAGUGUACAGUGUCCUGUGCCGGCGGGACGAAGGUUCGAAAUAGAACCUGUCUGUUUGACGAAUCGGCACCUCAUGGAGCCCAGUGCUUCGGCAACAUAACAGAUACACGGGAUUGCAAUACUGUGCGUUGUCCAGCUACCACAAUCUCCACCUCAACGACAACAACUCCAACAACUACAACUCGCGCGACCACAACACCAUCGACUACGACCACAAUCGCCUUACCAACAACUCCGAGGUCAUGUUUCACUUGCCAAGGACCUCCCGUCAUCUGUGAGAAACUAAAUUUUCCUGCAGAUUGCCCGCUAGAAAAGCAGUUUUGUAUCAACUCUUUGAGCAACUUCAAGAAUGCAUCCAGAAUCGUUGAUAUGAGAUGCGGAACAAGAAAAGAAUGCCAGACAGGAUGGUUUGAGAAAUAUUCGACAGAUGAUAAAUGCACCAGUUUUGACCAGACUUACUUGUACACCAGCAGGUUCGACUGCGAGUUUUGUUGCAAUGAGGACAAUUGUAACCAGUUUAUUAAUCCAGCAAUCAAGUGGCAUCCGUAAUGGCAAUAAUCAAUGGAAAGGAUUUUUUAAAUACUGCACCAUGUUGUGUUAUAUAUAUGGAAAAUGUGUUAAUAUUUUCUUUUAACUUCGCAGUAAUUUUACUCUUUCAAUGAUUAUACAUUUGCCAACAUUAUUGUAGUUUAUGUAAAACGUAAGUAACCCAUAAAGGAAUUAAAAUAAAAAAGAAAAUGAUUUCAAUUUUACAGCUAAAUAGAUGGUCGUACGACAGUAUGCUUGAAAAUGUCCAUAUUAAACAUGUUUAUUUUCUGAUAUUGACCUCGUGUCCAAAGAAGUGCAUAAGUGUAUUAGAUAGUAGCGGUAUAGACUAUUCCAAUCCUCACCUAGUUAUACCUGGUAUUUUAACUUGUAAUUUUCAACUCUUAAGAAAAAAAAAGAAACCGUAUUCAAGAAUUUUGGAUUUUUCUUGGAAUUAGGUAAGAGUAUGAGAAUUCGUAUAAAGAAUAUUAAUCUACAAAGUUUAAACUUUUUUCAUUUAAACUUAAAUAUAUAUUGCAUAAUUAUCAAUAUAUAAUUUAUUGAACAGAACAGAAAUUUUAUUGUUUUAUUUCUGCUCUGUACUGUUUAUAUCCAUUCGUGAAUUAUGAAUAUAUAAUUUUAUUGUUUAUUUCUGCUCUGUACUGUUUAUAUCCAUUCGUGAAUUAUGAAGUCCAGUCAUUUUUUGUCGUUUUUUCCGUUUAUACAUGUAUAGACUGAAAUUGAAUUUACAAGCGAAAUAUUAUAUAAUUUAUUGGUAAUGCACAGAUAACUGACGAUGUUUUCAUAGGUGCAUUUAACGGUCUUUGAUUAUCUAUACUUUUUUAAAUGAAAUAAUACGAGGGGUGUCCAGUUAAUACCCGGGGAGCGGUGUCAUAUAUUUCUGUAUCAUUAAAAAUCAAUGGAACUGUUAUAAAAUGUAGAUUAGGGAAUAUUUAGUUGAUAUGUCAAAGUCAUAUUUUCUGUGGAUAAUUGAUAAGUAAAUGCUACUUCUCGUGGCAACGUCAUUUGACGUCAUCCAGCCAAAUUUUAUGUAUUUUUCUAUUUUGCAUUUACUAAAACAUUUCUUGCCUUUUACUUAUUUUUCAAGCUGUCAUUCCUUAAGGAUGUACGAGCGUUUGUUUGUUUUUUCAGGAUAUCCGCCAUUUUGAAAAAUGUUUCUUUGAAUAUUGUUUUCUAACAAAAGUUUUGCCAAAAAUUAAUUCUAAAUAAUUAAAAUAUGGGUAAUAAUGUACCAUUUAACCAAAUAGAUUCUGCUUUUUGCGAGAAAAAAAAAUUUCACCCUUAUUUUUGGCUGGUAUUUGCCUAAAAUUGACGUAAGUUUUACAACGGGGUAGGGGCAGGUAAUUUCAAAAAUCUAUGAAAGUAGACCAGGUUUGGUUUUGAUAUUUUCCUGACUGAUACAUAUGAGCCGCGCCAUG